AUGCCAAAAUCAGAGUUUGUAGUCAACUGGAAUUCUCUAUUAAAUAGUGAAGAUAGUAAUGACGAGAAGGCUAAAAGUGAUAGCUCCAAUACUGGUGAAGAUGGGUCAAGUGGAAGUGAAAGUAAACACUCUAGUGACAAUGAGAAUAAAGAAGAAAAAAAUGUGAAUGAAACCCGUCAAAAGAAUACAAAUAAUGAACUAAAUGACAAAGUAGAAGCAGUAAACAAACGUGAAAUCAAAAUAGUAAAUGUAACUUUAUUGGAGGUAUUUUCAAAGCUGAACCUUAAAGCAAAAAGGAAUCUAUUUGACUUUGUGGAGGACAGAUAUUUAUUAGAAUUAAGGGUUGCUUGUAAGUUAUUAAAUCGAUAUUGUGAUGGCUAUAUUAGAUAUUCUUUAAAGAAUUGUUAUUUCUUUAACGUUUCACUAACUAGAAUGACAAUGGAUUUCUGGUUUGCAGCAAUGAGAUUCUUCUUUUUAGAGGCUGCAAGAAACUUACCCCUAAAUAGAGUAAAAUACGGCCCAAUAGUAGCAGCUUUAAAACAUAACCACAAAAUAUUACCAGUUUCUGUAGAUCAGAUGAAGUCUCAUGUUGUGGUGACCUUAGAUAAACUUUUACCUGAGCAUAUAGUUUUCUGUGAUCAUCUACAUCCCCAACCACACACCUGCGAUACUAGGCUGGAAAUAAAGGGACAAUCAAAGGUUUUUUUUGAUGAAAUCGAUAUUAUCAAGUUUGUGAAACAUUACUACAUGCACCUGGAAGUCAUGGAUGAUGAAUUAAUUAGAGGGAGUAGACAGUUAACGAAGUACCGUAUUGCAAUGUAUUUCUAUGAAUUUCUUAAGUCAAUAAAGAUGCUUACUGAAAAAGGAAAUGGUGUUUUCAAACUUUCCAGAAUUGAGUAUCUCGUAAAUACAGGCACUAUUUUAAGACAUAGAAUUUGGCACCAACUCUACGCAUCUUGGGGUAGCUCCAUUAACAUUAAGAAGCCAAAUGAAGGUAGCUCAAAGAACGAAGAUAAUAAUUCAAGCAAUAAAUCUUCAGAAAAUCAUGCUUCUUUUUCUGAAAGUAAACCAAAAAGGCUUUCUGAUGGUCCUAGUAGAAUUACGAAAACAUCCGCCAAUAAACCUACAACCUCAAAUACUCAAAACCAAAAUGGAUCAAACAACCCAGAUGAUCUUGUCAUUGAAGUUUUCCUAACAAUUGCUGACCAUUUCCAGUGGGAUAGCUAA